AUGGUAGCGGCGGCAUUGGCGCUGCAGCUGGUCAGCUGUGUUGCCUGCCUGUCGGUUUGUGGUUAUCGCAGCUCCCGGAAGGGAGUAUCGGCAGCAUUCACGGCUAAGAGUGUAAUAUGCGGACCAUUCACGCCUUGUGAUGCGUCAAAAAGGCUGGAUCACGCGCGGAGCUCCUCUACACAGUUGUAUGCAUCGGCAUCUGUGAGUCCUGCUCCUUCUGCAUCUGCUGAACAUGCCGUGCCUCCUCCCGACGGCUCAGCUGAUGAUGACGGUGACUACGAUGCGGAGGCGCUGGCCGAUGCUUUCACCCACGGUGCCAGUGCUCCGAUGCUGCGGCAAAUCAGCAGUCGUUUGACGAAGAUGCAUGUCGUAAAGCAUGACCUUCGUGUCGAUCCGUACCCCGAGGUGAGCGAGGAGAGCGCCAGUACCGUUGUAGAUGUUGGCCGUAUUGCAACUGCUCACGGCAAUCUCCGUGAGGGGGAAGAGCUGGAGUCGACAAAAUAUCGUGUGCGUGGGCGCAUCAAGUCGAUCAGGUUUGAUGGCUUGUUUGUGGUUAUCGAGGAUGUCAACGGUGACGGCCUGCAGGUCAUGUUCAGACGCAACCAAGACAUCGCAGUGGGUGGAGCGCCGUUCAAUGCCACUCGUGUUGGAGAUAUACUCGACAUCGGCGACAUUAUACUCAUAGAAGGGCACCCGAAGCGAACGACGACAGGCGAGAUGACGUUGGUGGCGCACUCCAUGGAGGUGCUUGCCAAGUGUCUGCUGCCCAUGCCCGACGGCUUCCACGGUCUGAGGGACGUAGACACCAGACAGAGGUUGCGCCACCUAGAUAUAAUGACGUGCCAGGACAGCAAGCAUAUACUCCUGCAACGGUCUCAAAUGGUCUGGCUGCUGCGCCAGUUUCUCCACGACCGCGGUUAUAUCGAGGUCGAGACGCCGAUACUCUACCACGGGUACAGCGGCGCGCAAGCAACGCCGUUUGUCACGCGUUCUGAAGCCCUAGACCAGAAGCUUUAUCUUAGGAUCGCACCUGAGCUAUUCCUGAAGCGCCUGGUCACCGGCGGCCUCGCCGAUAGGGUCUUCGAGAUCGGCAAAUGCUUCCGCAACGAGGGAACGAGCACACAUCACUCCCCGGAGUUCACUAUGCUCGAACUGUACCAGCAGAUGGGCGACGUGGGAGAUAUGAUACGAUUGACAGAGGAGAUUGUGGCAACGAUCGCGACUGGGUUGCGCGUCGCCGUUCCCAAAUUCACGACGAAGUCGAUGAGCGAACUCAUAGAAGAACACGUUGGGAUCAAGGUAGAAGAAUGUAGUAAAGAGCAGCUAAGGAAUGCACUGGUGGAGAGGGGUGUUAAUGGGUCGGAGUUGCAUGAUACGACGUGGGGAGGGCUGGUUUGUGACCUUUUCAAGCAUGCCGUUGAAGACAAAAUACGGGAUCCCACGCACGUAAUCGCGUUACCGGCAGACUCCUCCCCACUGGCAGCGGUUGAUUCCGACGGCGUUCACGGACGAGUGUUCGAAUCGUACCUCGGCGGCCUGGAGUUCGCCCAUGGAUGCACCGAGGAAUGCGACCCCGUCAAACUCCUGCGCAAACUAGACCGCUGCCGAGAGGAAGGCCUGAGCAACUCGAGGGAUACGGAGUUCCUAAACGCCAUGGCGUACGGAAUGCCGCCCACAGCGGGGCUCGGCAUUGGGAUCGAUCGGCUCCUGAUGGCCCUCACGGGGGCAGGCAGCAUCAAGCAAACGCAGACAUUCCCGUUGUUGAAAAAUGUAGAAUAG